GACUGAACACAUGCUGCCAGUUGCAAUCUGAACUCCACUGAUGAGGGAUGUGCGUUGAGGCGUUGUGCUGAUGUGCGUGUGCGUAUGAAUGAACGUCGAGCGCGAAUCGCUGUUCUGAGGGUUCCGUGGUUCCAUGGCCAUCGGCUGGUAGACUUCUUGCCGCCAAGCUUGUUGCAGUCAAGUGGCGGUGGUCCAGCAGAGCUCGGAUGCCAGUAUCUUAGCGUUGAAAUUGAAGGUGUUGUGGGUGUCUCUGGCUGAGUGUGCGAAAUUUGCCGGCAGCUCUUGCCUUUUCGUGAAGGAAAAGUGCAACAGGAAACGGAAAAGCCGCAAACAAAAUAGAGUGACGAAUCUUUAGUGAGAAGUCGGGGACAAGAGACCGCGGUUGUGAAGGCGAGUCCCGCGGUCUUAGCCACGGCUGGCAACGAGUGUCCUUCCUAUCCCUAUCCGACACUUUCCCGGUGUAUCCGCGAGAAGAAGUGAAAAUUGUUUGAAGAUGCUCUGAUGUGCUCCUUGUGAUUUUCCACUGAAAAUUGAGAGAAGUGCUUCGAAAUUAGUUGGUUAAGGUGUCCUGAAUAUUCUGUUAUGAAAAUGCAAUCCAAAAUGAAGGUGUCGUGGGUAUUCAUGAUGUUACUGAUUGUCGCGGUUUUCACCGUCCGCGUCUCCCUCGCUUCGGAUCCUUACCUCAAGAUGUUCUCCUCGCAAGCCCAGUCCGAUCCGUGUUACGAUGACGAAAAGGCGCGAAAAUGCAUUCCAGAUUUCGUGAACGCAGCAUUUGGGACCCCAGUCCAGGUUUCCAGUACUUGCGGUCAGAAAGGACCUGAGAAGUACUGCGAGCUCCCAGACAAUGAUGGGGCUGUGGAUAGCAACGAAAGCGAAGGACCACUAUGCCACCUCUGCGACGAUACGAAUCCGAAAAAGCGAUUCCCAGCCUCUGCUCUAACGGAUUUGAAUAAUCCGAACAAUGUAACCUGCUGGCGAUCGGAACCCAUUGUCCCACCAACGAAUAUUAAUUCGCCUCCUGACAAUGUUACCUUGACAUUAUCCUUUGGAAAGAAAUACGAACUUACAUAUGUGAACCUUCUGUUCUGUCCCCGCUCCAUCAAACCGGACUCGAUUGCAAUAUACAAAAGCGCUGACUACGGGAAGUCCUGGCAACCAUUCCAAUUCUACAGUUCGCAAUGCAGAAGGGUAUAUGGGCGGCCGAAUCGAGCGACUAUCGGCAAAGCGAAUGAGCAGGAAGCUCGUUGCACUGACUCCCACCGGCACGGGGAUGGAACUCAAGGGACUCGAAUUGCGUUUAGUACUCUUGAAGGUCGUCCUUCAGCCCACGAUUUCGAUUCAUCGCCUGUCCUUCAGGACUGGGUUACAGCCACAGAUGUUCGAGUCAUCUUUCACCGUCUUCAGAUGCCCCAAGACUCCUUGGAGGAUCACUUUCUAACAUCGCAACAGGCAUUCGUCCCAAGCAGCAAGUAUCACGAUAGCCUGCUGGGAACUAAUGUUAUCGAAACCUAUACUACGUCGACGGCAACCACGACGGCAGUAGGACAACAUUACGCGGUUUCCGACUUUACCGUGGGCGGACGGUGCAAGUGCAACGGCCACGCGUCCCGAUGUAUUACCGGCAAGGAUGGACUCCUGACGUGCGAGUGCAAACACAACACAGCAGGAAGGGAUUGCGAGCGGUGCGAACCCUUUUACUUUGAUCGACCAUGGGGAAGGGCAACGGAUCACGAGGCCAACGAGUGUAAAUCUUGCAAUUGCAACUCUCAUGCACGUCAAUGUCGCUUCAAUAUGGAAUUGUACAAAUUGUCUGGACGUGUCUCUGGUGGAGUUUGUAUAAAUUGCAGACAUGCAACAACCGGGCGCCACUGUCAUUAUUGUAAAGAAGGAUUCUACCGUGAUCCAACAAAACCGCUGAAUCAUCGCAAAGUCUGUAAACCCUGUGAAUGUCAUCCAGUUGGAUCAUCAGGAAAAACAUGUAACCACACAUCUGGUCAAUGUCCCUGUAAAGAUGGUGUUACAGGGCUCACUUGUAAUAGAUGUGCACGCGGAUAUCAGCAGAGCAGGUCGCAUAUCGCUCCUUGCAUAAAAAUUCCACGAGUUAUAAGUGCAAUUCAGCCACAAAAUACUGCACCCGAACCGAAUCAAAAUGAACCAAGUUCAGUAUAUCGACCGGACGGCGGCAGGGAAUGCGGAAAAUGCAAGGCCGGCACAAAAAGACUAAACCUAAACAAGUUCUGCAAACGGGAUUACGCGAUAAUGGCAAAGGUAAUCGGACGAGAUACAAGCUCAGAAACAAGCAGCGAAAAUUACAUGAAAAGCGGCAGCCAAGAAGAGACAGUUCGGUUCACUAUCAACGUUCUAGCCAUAUUCAAGAAGAGUUCGAUGAUGAAGGGUACGACGAGCGCUAUGCUCAGGCGAGGUCCUCUAACAUGGGAGAUUCCGCUAAAAGAUCUCGAAUGUCGAUGUCCUAGAAUUAAAAUGAACAAAUCUUACUUAAUUUUGGGCAAAGAUUCGGAGGCGCCGCCGGGCUCUAUUGGCCUUGGUCCACGAUCAAUUGUCAUUGAAUGGAAGGAUGAAUGGUAUCGACGAUUGAAACGAUUCCAACGACGUGCACGUAGUUGCGAAUAAACCCUUAUUUUAAUAUUAUCUCAUUAUAUUAAAUUUUAAUAAAAUUAACUUGAAAAAAGAACAAAAAAUUAUGAAGUACAUAUAUAUAUUUAUAUUUAUCUAAUUUAAUAAUGAAUAAUUUCAAAUUCAAAAAUUUUAAAGCUUCUUCAAUUAGAUUACCCUAAAAAGUUACGAUACCAUCAUGAAAAAAUAAAACUUUUGUAAUAAUCGAAGAAUAUAAAAAAAAUAUUACAAAGAUAUAUCGAAACAAAAUAUAUAUAAAAAAAAUUCGCAUUUAUUUAUUUGUAGAUUUUGUAUGAUUUUCCAUAAAAAGAGAUAAUUUUUAUUGUUCCACAACUAUUGUAACUUUUUUAUUUUAUUUAUGUUUUAUAUAAAUAAAUGGAUAAUAUAACCUUACCAUAGAUAUAGUAAGCAUAAGUAACGUUAAGUCACAUAAAAAAAAUUGCAAAAUUUGAACACAUGCUAAAAUGAAUACUUAUCCACCGUAGAAAGCGAUGUUCACCGGGAGAAAUUCGACUGAAUCCACUUAAAUUUAUUUUAUCUUGUGUCAUAGCAAUCGAAACCGUUUCUUCCACGAAUUGAACAACCCACGAAAUGUAAAACACAACUUAACAGAUCAAUAUAAAUAUAGUCAAAUAAUUUUCAUAGAAUUCGCAAUACCGCUGUAAUAUGCCAUUAACACACUUACUAGCUUCUAUGUAAAUAAUACAUAAUACAAAUCUGUUAAUUGUAGCAAAAAAUAACAUUAACAAUAAGUCAUAGCCGAAAUAGAAAUAAAACAUUCGAAUUGCAAAGAACCUCAGAUGAAUAUUAACAUAUAAACAUGGAAAUAAUUUUAACUGAUUGAGGAAAUAUUUUAUUGUAGUUUGGAUCCAAACUAUGCUUUAGGAGAUAUUUCCUGAAAAUAAUUAUUCGAUUGCAACUUUAUUUUCCGAAAGGAAUCAUUUUGAGGAAAGAAAAUUAGCAUUUUUUCAAAAAUGGUGUUCAAAACAAGAUAUUCGUAGCAAUAUUCAUAAAAAAACGAAAAAAUAUCAACAAAAUCUAAUGCCGUCAUAUCAUUUUCUCUCCGAAAUUGUUUAAAUGUAACAAUACUUAUCAUAUGACUUUAAUUUAUAGUAGUUUACAACAAAAAAUUCACUGUACAGUAUUAAAACAAAAGAAAAAGAAAACGAAAUGAAAAAAAAAACAAAUAAAUGAUAAUAAUAAUGUAAUAAGUAUAAUAUAUAAUAUUUUGAAAAUUUUGAA